AUGGCGCAUACUGCUCUCAUCGCCGCUGGUAUUAUACUCAGCCUUCUCUACCAGCUGUAUCGAUGGGCCUUGCCAAAGCCCAUUCCCGGCAUCCCUUACAAUAAGGAAUCUGCCGGCCGGCUCCUUGGCGACGUGCCCAGCCUGGUUGCUGAUAUCAAGCGGCGCGGCGACGUCUUCCUCUGGUUCCGCGACCAGAACCUCCAGUCCGGCUCCGUCAUCAACCAGGUGUUCACGAACCUGCUCGGCAAGCCCGUCGUCAUCGUCGCCGACGCGCGCGAGACGCGCGACAUCCUCGUCCACCGCAGCGCCGACUUUGACCGCACCGUCUUCGUCAGCAACCUGCUGCGGCCCAUCAUCGGCCAGGGCCAGAUUACCUUCCCGACCGGGCCCGCGUGGAAGGCGCGCCGACGCCUCAGCCAGGACACCAUGUCGGCGCGCUUCCUCAAGAACGUGGCCGCGCCCAACAUCCACUCCAGCUGCGCCGUCUUCGUCCGCCUCUGGGAGGAGAAGGCGCGCCUGGCGGCCGGCCGCCCCUUCGACGCCGAGACGGACCUGUUCCACGCGACGCUCGACGCCGUCACCGUCUUCACCUUUGGCAGCCAGUACCCGUACAGGGCGGUGCGGCCGAGGCUGGAGGCGCUGGCCGCGCUGUCGGCCGGGGACGUCGAGCGGGGACCGCGCGCGGACGACCCGGCCGUGUUUCCGCGCUGCGAGAUCGACACCGAGCUGCAGAACAUCAUCGACUUCAUCGAGCGGGCGGAGGCCGUCCAGUCGAUGGGCCUGCAGGACCUGGGCUGGUACUUUGAGACGAUGACGGGGCGCUACAGGACGCUGAAGAGGGCCAAGGACGAGUGCGUCCGGCGCGAGGUCAGCAGGGCGCUGGAGAGGAUGAAGGCCCUGGACGAGAGGACCGCGGAGGAGACGGCGCGGCACGGCGUCGACCUAAUAGUUAACCGCGAGAGGAUCAUGGCGGGCAAGGAGAACAGGCAGCCCGACUAUUUCGGCGAGGCGGUGCGAGGAGAGGUAUUCGGCGCCAUCGUCGGCGGCCACGACACGUCCAGCUCCACCAUGUGCUGGGCGGUCAAGCUAUUGUCGCGGGAGCAGGCCACGCAGACGGCGCUGCGGCGGGCGCUGCAGUCCGCGUACGCCGCGGCCCUCGAGGAGCGGCGCCAGCCGACCGUCGAGGAGGUGCUCGACACACCGCUGCCCUACCUCGACGCCACCAUCGAGGAGCUGUUCCGCACGUGCGCCGUCGUGCCCAUGAACUCGCGGCAGGCGACGCGCGACACCGAGGUCCUCGGGCGGCCGAUCCCCAAGGGCACCGUGGUCAUGCACCUCAGCGCGGGACCCGGCUUCACGAUGCCGUCCUACCCCGUCGAUGACAAGCUGCGGCACUCGAGCGGCGGCAAGGAGGCGGCGGCGUGGGCGGACGACGACGUCGAGGCGUUCCGGCCGGAGCGUUGGCUGGUGGACGGCGCGGAGAGGUGCGACCCCAACGCGGGCCCGAGCAACGGCUUCGGCAUGGGCAUCCGGUCGUGCUUCGGCAAGCGCCUGGCGUACAUGAGCUUCCGGCUGCUGCUGGUCAGCGUGGUGUGGAAAUUUGAGAUGCUCGAGUGCCCGGAGGAGCUGUCGAGUCCGCUGGGGAAAUUUGGCGUGGUGUACAAGCCACAGCAGACUUAUGUGCGGUUACGAAAGGUGGCGCUGUAA